AUGGUGCGUAUGCGUUGUUGCAACACCACGCCGACGUGUAUUUUCUCAUUCAGUGCGGGUCUGUUUCGCUGCGGUUGGCGGUCGCAAUCCUCAUCCUCAUCGUCGUCUUCUUUGUUCUCGCCACGGCCAGGCACUAGAAGUAGGAGUGCGAGUGGCGGCGGUGGUGUGGCACUUACACUGCUGCGGUGCCCCGGUGGGCCGCGGGUGAAGGCGGAGGGGCUGAAACAUCUCUUCAAAGUGCCACACGCCGGCUAUUUGGCGAAGUACGACCAGCGCUUUAUCCUCAAUUUGAAGCUCACGCAUCAAAUUGUCUCUCACUUAAGCCGCACGACACUCAAGACACAUGAUAAGCUGCUGGUUGAGCUCGGGCCCGGGACGGGGGCACUCACGCGGAGUUUGUUGACACGGCCCUGUGUCGCGGUGCUGGGCAUCGAGGCGGAUGAACGAUUUAAUGCGCACCUCGAACAGAUACGGCAGUACACGGAUGGGAAGUUUCAUUGGGUGAAUGCCGAUGUGCUCCGUGUGAAUGAGCUCGAUGUGUUGUGCUCGGUGUUUCCUCGGUUUGUUGAGCAGCAUCAGAGGCGACGGAGCGAUGCGCGUGCGGAUGAAACGAGGGAGAAAAUGGGAGCGGAGGGAAAUAAUGACGGUGAUGGGGAGGGUUACGAGGGCGCACCGCUACGGAAUUCACAGCGUGAGCGCAUUUUGCGAAGACGGUUUGGGAAAAGUGCCGGGUUUAAUCAUGGCACAGCGAGCGAUAACAACCGGGAUCCUGUCAAUAGUCAAAGUACUGGCGUUGCGGCUGCUUUUGCAGUUACGGAUCGCUGGUGGUCCGACGGGGAUGCAAAGGUGGAGGUUGUGGCCAAUCUCCCUUUUGAUGUCAUCACGGAGCUACUGAUGCGGUACGCUGUGGAUUGCUCGCGCAAGCAGAAUCUUUUUGUUUUUGGACGCGUCCCAUUACAUGUCUUUACCCAGAAGGAGAUUGCGGAGCGUAUUAUUGCCCCCGCAGGGUCCAUUCAUUUCUCUCGUCUCUCUGUCCUGUGCCAAUGCUUUUUUCAUGUGCAGGUGCGUCAGACUUUUAGGGAGAUGACAUAUUACCCAAAGACGGAGGUACUUGGGGCGAUGUUAACAUUGCAGCCACGCUCCGUGCCGCUUGUUCCAGGAAUGGACGCUGCCACGUUGAUCCACUUUACGGAUUUAUUGAUGAAGCCUGGACAGCGUGGUAUGACGGUACACAAGGCGUUGAUGAAGUGUGUCCCGGCAGAGGUGGCGCAGUAUAUGCUGCAGGAACUGCGGGUGGAUGGGGCACUCACCGUAUUGGACUUGACAGCUGAAGAAAUCUGCAAACUCGCCAUGCUUUGGCAACGUUUUCUUGAGGCCUCGUCACAGCAGCAAACAAACCCACGAGGUGAAGCGAAGGAGACCCGGACAUCAGCUGGAAAUGAUGAAUGA